AUGGAUGAUCGUGCAACACAGGGCAAAUACAAGGCAUGUCAGACACGCGCUGUUGUAUGGACGAGUUUUCGUCCGAGUGCUCGCCUGUUCAAGGGUGUCAGCUACGCUGCUAUUGAAACCAUCCGGCGAAACACGUCUGCCCUGCAAGCGGUUGUUGACAAGACCAAUUCGUCCCACGCUGUAUUUGCCAACUACCUCAAAGACCACCCAGAAAAUCAGCCAACGUUCGACUCCAAUGGGCCUCUCGAGCUAGCCAACGCGCCAACUCACGUUAAUGAUGCGAGGCACGCCUUGGCCUCAGCAGCACGAGAUCUGCAACUGCUGGCGUUGUAUCCCACAGAAGGAGUCAAUUAUCUGGGCUUGGAAGGAACAGGAAAGCUAAGCUUACAAUUCAUCGGCCACUUCGGCGUCCCAGAUCAUGUCCCCCUCGAAGGCAUGAUCUCCUACGACGACCUAGCAAAGAAGAUCUCCAAAGUCCCACAACAACGCCUCACGCGCAUGAUCCACCACGCCAUGCAAAGCCACUUCUUCCAGGAACCGAAGCCAAGCUACGUCGCCCAUACAGCUCUGUCAGCAGGCCUCGUGAAGUCCAAGGCGAUGCGUUCCUGUCUCGAAUUCCUGAUGCAGACCUCGAUCCCCAUGAUGCCGACUAUCAUCCAAGCCACUGAGAAGUACGGACAAGAUGCGGAAAAGCCAGAGAAUGCGGCAAUGUCCAUUCAUCUGAAGGAUGGCGAUUCUUUUAGUGGGUUUAUGGAUUUUAUGAAGGCUUCGCUGGAGGGCACGACGAUUGAGCAGAUUGUCAAUGGAUAUGAUUGGAAAGGGCUCGGAGCGGGGACUGUCGUGGACGUCGGCGGCGCCCUAGGCCACCUCGGGAUCGCCAUCGCCGAAUCCUUCCCAGCCCUGCAAGUGAUAAUCCAAGACAUCCCCACCGCCAUCGCCCUUGGCCGCCAACAACUCCCCUCCCACCUCUACUCCCGCGUCAGCUUCAUGCCCCACGACUUCUACCUCGCCAACCCCGUCAAAUCCGCAAGCAUCUACUUCUUCUCCCGCGUCAUCCACGACUGGCCUGAUGAAAGUGCUACGAAAAUCUUGCGAGCUGUGGUGGAAAGUAUGGGCCCCGAGAGCAAGAUUGUGAUUGCGGAUAAAGUUAUGCCGGAGCAGCCGGUGGGGGGUUGGGAUGAGAGGAUGGUAAGGGAUUAUGAUCUUAUUAUGAUGGCGUUGAAUGGAAAGGAAAGGACUUCGGGGGAGUGGAGGGAGUUGGUUGAGAAGACGGAUGAGAGGUUGUGGAUUAGUAAUGUUGUCAGGCCGGAGGGCGCUUUGGGGAGCUUGAUUGAAGUCAGUUGGAGGAGGGAGAAUUCGCCGAUGUUGGAGAGGUGA